GACCAGUAUACCACAAAGUACGUUCCGUUUGUGGAGACUUCGGCGAUGAGGAACAACAUGUUUGUCCAUGCGGCUACUUCGCAUUAUGGCAUGGUGAAUCCUGCCAUAAUGAGUGGCUUUGGGGACGACGACGACGACUCGAUAUGGCUGGUGGAUGACGAGGAUUCGGGAGAGGAGCCUGCAGUCGAGAGAGGAGGGGAAGCAGAUGGAAAUGAAGAGGAAGAAAGAGAAGAAGCAGAAGAGGACGAGCCGGAUGUUGCUCUACCAGCAACAAGUCAACCUCCAGUGGUGCCAAGCGCGUCUGAAACAGCUUCAAAGGCUGGCCCGCAGACUGGAUUCACAUAUCGCAUCAACUAUGCCCUAUUUGAUGACGACGAGUUUGCAAGCUCACAGGAAGAAGAGACGGCUCGCACCUCGCUGAGCGCGGGAAGGGCCCCCAGCCUGCUCGAGAUCGGUGCCUCUAAUGGCUCCUCCACCCCUGGCACAAGCAAUCCGUACGUCGAUCUCCUUGAGCAGCAAGACUCCGCCAUGACGGUGGCGUAUCAACGCCGUCUGGCCUUGUCCGAAAGACGUGGAGAUGAUGAAGCUGAUGAAUUCAGCUUCGGACAGCGGUAUCAAAAAGACCCAGACACGCUGGCUGUCCUCGUUACGCAUCAGCGUGUGCCGGCAGACCAUGCGGCAGGGGAUCGGGAUUGUUCAAUAUGUGCUGAUACUAAGGAAUCCGUUCUAUUCCCCCGAUUCUCCCCAACCGCGUCUAUUCGGUCUGAUCUUACCAGCAAGAUCUGGACGGAUAUCAGAUGUCCAGAGUGCCGUGGAUUGUUAGACUAUACAGACAUUCAGCGCUAUGCUGAUGAGGAGACAUUCAAGAGAUACGAGACGCUUGCUCUCCGAGCUGCCAUGGCUGAGGCCGACAACUUUUUCUGGUGCACCUCCGGCUGCGGCUCUGGUCAGAUACAUGAGACCGGCCAUGAACUGCCCAUUGUCAUAUGCCUCCACUGCAACCACCGGUCUUGCUUCCACCACAACGUCGCCUGGCACCAGGGCUUAACGUGUGACGAGUACGAUCAGCUGCUCGCCGAUCCGGACAACUUCCGUUCCAGGCUUGAAAUCGACAACGAUGCGUGGGCAGCUUCGCAGGAAGCACAACUUAAUGCAGACAGAGCCAUGGCCCAGGGCUUGCUGGAAGAAGAAAGAAGAGCUGCGGAGAUGAGACAGCAGAGAGAGCGCGAGGAGAGAGAAAGAACGAGAAGAGCGAUCGAACUGGCGAGGCAAAUUGCGGCAAGGAGAAAGGUAGAGGAGGAGAUGAACAGGAUAACCAUUGGGAGGACGACGAAGCCGUGUCCCGGGUGCGGAUGGGCAAUUGAAAAGAAUGAUGGAUGCUCGCAUAUGACUUGCGUCAGGUGCAAUCACCAGUUUUGCUACGAGUGUGGCGCGGACCAUCAGCAGAUACUGGAGAACGAUAACACCAUUCACCUUGAGACUUGCAAGUUUCACCCGAGCCAGCUGGAGGAGUGGGACGGGGAAGAGGUGGAGGAUACGCAUGAUGAUGAUGAG